AUGGAACCUGCGUUACUUGCGGCGUUAGAUGCUGCGUUGGAGCCAGAUCUUGAUCCACUUGCUGAAUCGCUGUUAGAACCGGCGUUACUUGCUGCAUUGGAGGCUGCGUUGGAACCUGAACGUGAUCCACUGUUGGAUCCGGAAAUGGAACCUGCGUUACUUGCGGCGUUAGAUGCUGCGUUGGAGCCAGAUCUUGAUCCACUUGCUGAAGCACUGUUAGAACCGGCGUUACUUGCUGCAUUGGAGGCUGCGUUGGAACCUGAACGUGAUCCGCUGUUGGAUCCGGAAAUGGAACCUGCGUUACUUGCGGCGUUGGACGCUGCGUUAGAGCCAGAUCUUGAACCACUUGCUGAAGCACUGUUAGAACCGGCGUUACUUGCUGCAUUGGAGGCUGCGUUGGAACCUGAACGUGAUCCGCUGUUGGAUCCGGAAAUGGAACCUGCGUUACUUGCGGCGUUAGAUGCUGCGUUGGAGCCAGAUCUUGAUCCACUUGCUGAAGCGCUGUUAGAACCGGCGUUACUUGCUGCGUUGGAGGCUGCGUUGGAACCUGAUCGUGAUCCGCUGUUGGAUCCGGAAAUGGAACCUGCGUUACUUGCGGCGUUAGAUGCUGCGUUGGAGCCAGAUCUUGAUCCACUUGCUGAAGCGCUGUUAGAACCGGCGUUACUUGCUGCGUUGGAGGCUGCGUUGGAACCUGAUCGUGAUCCACUGUUGGAUCCGGAAAUGGAACCUGCGUUACUUGCGGCGUUGGAUGCUGCCUGA